UUUCAACUUUUCUCUGUUUUUCUGCGUUCUGUUUUCUUUUUUCGGAAAUAUUUUGGACGGCUCUCUGGAGCCGUUGUUGAAUAGUUAGGUCGCAAUCCUGAAUGCCAGAUAAACGAACCAGUGUUGAGAAUUAUCUACCGGUGCUCUAAUUCCAACGGGGGUUCGUGAUCUUACGAAGCUUGCCAAGUAUUGCACUGCUAGUAAAGUUGCGAUGAUGUCGUCAUGCUUUCACUGCGACCCACACUAACCACAUCUCGGAUUUGUGAUGAACAACGCCUCCAUUGCGGAUCGUACUUUCUCGUAUCGCCACGCAUUAUCACAACGUUGAUGGAUGCCAUUCGCCAACAGAUAUGCUAGACCGCGACUCCUUACCUUCAAAAUGCCCGUGCGAUAAACCUUCAUCAUUAUUUCUGCAUGGCGUCGUUAAAUGUCCCGUUCAGCGCUCGUCAGGACACCCCCAGUACGCCGUCCACCUCCACGGCCUUUCGCCCUAAUCCCUUCGUCUUCCCGCCCACGGGGACCGAUGACGCGCUGCACCCCGCGGACAGCACGUCCCCCAAUUCCUCCCCGGACUCCACCUGUCCCCUGGAGGAGGAGGCACGACCCCGUCGACCCAGUGUGCUGCCGUUGGAGCAGCGGGUGACGUCGUUUGGGGUCUCUCCCGGGGUGGUCAGUGUCAUCUCCGAUGGGGGUGUCGUGGAGAAUGGCCGGAGUACGGUGAUCGUGCGGACGCCUGCGGUGGAGAUGGCGCCCUACCGGACCAGGAUCUACAACGAACGACUGAACGAUGGAGUGUCGAGCAAUCCGUACCCGCGAUUGGCCCCGUCGCGGCCCAAAUACGAGCGCAUGCAUUCCGGUCGUCUGCCAGUGCCGUCCGUCGAUCCCGAUGCCAUGGAUGCUUUACCCAUUAAGAAGCGCUACCGGAUCCGCGACAUGAUUCUCACCGGAUGGGCCAUGAUCACGUAUAUCGCGGAUAUCGUAAGCGACUGGUUCGUGGCGGUGGGAUUUUAUAACGAUAACGAUAUUAUAUGGUUCGCGCUGACGGUGACGUUUAUCCUGGUGCCGCAUUUGUGCAUGACGGGCUUCAGCUUGAUUUGGUACAUCCAGGACCAUAAACACCAUCCGUUGCGGACUUUAUCGUGGAGGGAUUGGAUUAUCAGGAUUAUUGUCCUGUUCUUACAACUGGCUCCCAUUAUGCGAUACAUCGAUUCGUUGCGCUACGGCUACAAAUUCCGCAACUCCAGCGCCGGAUCCCGGCUGGACCUGUACGAACUGCUUUGCUUCGAGAACGCCGACGCCGCCAUGCUGCGUCUGGUCGAAGCCUUCAUGGAAGCCGCUCCGCAGCUCGUCCUGCAGAUCUACAUCCUGGUGAAGAAACGCCUGGAUUACGAGCGCUUCGAUCUAUUACAAACCGUGCAAAUCGUCUCCAUCUUCAUCUCCUGGUUCUCCCUGGCCACCGCCAUGGCCGCCUUCCACCGCGCCCAACGCUACUCCCAACCUACCAAGGGCUCUAUGUCCAUCUGCGGCUCCUUGAUGCAGUUAGCCUGGCAUCUCUGCAUUUUCGCCUCCCGCGUUAUCGCCAUCGCGCUCUUCACGGUGCGCUUCACGUAUUUCGGGAUUAUCUUCUGCGGCGUGCACAUUCUGGUGAUGAUCGUGUGGAUAAUCAGCCAGAAGACGGAUUUCUGCCCGAAUAAGCCGCUGGAAGCGUGCUAUGAUGUGGCGGUGGGGUGUAUCUAUCUGUUCGCCUUUUUGAAUGUGAAGGACGCGCGGACCCGGUGGAAGUAUGUGGGGUACUAUACGGUCUAUUAUGUGGAGAAUGUGGUGAUGAUUACGCUGUGGUUCACGCACACGGAGAAUGUGCAUUGGUUCCGGGUGCCGGCCAUGGUGGCGGUGAUUGUCGGGUUCUGGGUGGGGAUCGGGUUUAUGCUGCUGUAUUAUCAGCUGUUUCAUCCCGCGGACGGGGUGCUGGUGAGGAAGUGGCGGAUGCGGUAUGCCGUCGCCGGGGAGGAGGUGGGCACGACCUGGCCGAAAUGGUUCCGGGCGGUCGUCGAUUGCUGUUUAUGAGAACGUGGAAAAAUUCAACAAAACUUCUGGCAAUAAACUCCUAAAAAUUUUGCUGUGAAUUGGACCGUUGGUUGUGGACUGCUGUUUAUAUGAGGGCGUCGACAUGGAGAAAAUCUUAAAAAAAUCUCCUGAAAAUUCAGCAGAAUUAUCUCGCAAUCAGUUCAUGAAAAUUCUGCUGUGGAUUGGACGGUCGGUCGUGGAUUGCUGUUUAUAUGAGGGCGUGGACAUGGAGAAAAAUCCUAAGCGACAAAUCUCCUGGCAAUAAACUCCUAAAAAUUCUUCUGUGAUACGAUAUAUUCUGGAUGAAUUUAACUGCCUUGAAUCUGGAUGUUCCUGAUGGUAUCCUCACUAUCCUGUGGAUAUUUACUCACUUUCUUGGGGUCUGAGAGGAUGGAUUGGUUUGGAAUCUCCCGUCAAUGGAUUUCUCCGAUACUGCAGAUCUUUAUCUUCCCGAGAAUAAUGUUUCCUGACUCAUCAAAAGUUCUCCAGAGAUGUUGUGAACUGUUUACAAAAGUAUUAUGAAAUGUACCCGUGUAUUUAUGAAUCUGGCUUUUUUGCAUCUGAUUUCAGGUUUUAAACGUGUUGACUGUUGAUGGUUUUGGACAGUUUUAGCAUUAUUUUGUGGCCUAAGCCGUUUAAGGGAUAUUUUCUUGUAUAAACGUAUGUCUCUGUUUAAUUGUCUACGGUAGAGAAGUAUGCUUAUUUGUGCGCAGAAUUUUAAAAAGAACCAGACAUUUGUCGCUG